CAGCUCUCCCACCCGUGCACACAGGAGUCAGUCUCCUGCGCCUCUUUCUGUCAUUUCCGAGGCCUACUCUCGCUCCUGCUCCCCGCCCAGGCGACUCUAACCCUGGCCCUCAUCCAGGAUCCCUGCCUAGCCGGUCUGGGGCAGCUUCAGCUAAGUGAUAGCUUGAUUUGGAAGGCCGGGUUCCCGAGACGCGGCGGCGGACCCUCCGAGCAUCCUCGCGGCAGGCCCGACGUCCACCCGGCGCUCCCCGCAUUGCGCCCCUGGACCUCGCUGGGCACGCAUGCGCACGCCCGCGACCGGGGAGUAACGGUCUGCAGCUCCCCCCACCGGAAGUGGGCGGCGGAGCACCGGGAGGAGCCGACCGUGGUGUGGCGUGGCGUGGCGUCUCGUCUCGCGCUUCCCUCGGCGUGGCGUGCCAUGGCGCAGGCCAGAGCCGCGAAGGGGCUGCGGCUGCGGCUGCGGCUGCUCCUGCGCUCCGUCGCGCUGUGGCUCGCCCUGCUCGGCGCCCGCACGGCGACUGCGUCCAAGGCGGUGACCGCCCACUUGGCUGCCAAGUGGCCCGAGACCCCGCUGCUGCUGGAGGCCAGUGAAUUUAUGGCAGAAGAAAGUAAUGAAAAGUUUUGGCAGUUUGUGGAAACAGUAAGAGAGUUAGCAGUUUAUAAGCAGACAGAAUCAGAUUAUUCUUACUACAACCUAAUCCUGAAGAAAGCUGGGCAGUUCUUAGACAACAUCCUCAUUAAUCUCCUAAAGUUUGCUUUCUCAAUAAGAGCAUACUCUCCAACUGUUCAGAUGUUCCAACAGGUUGCUGCUGCUGAGCCUCCACCAGAUGGAUGUGCUGCGUUUGUGGUCAUACACGCAAAGCAUACCUGUAAAAUUAAUGAAAUUAAAAAGCUGCUGAAUACGGCUGCUUCAAGGCCCAGGCCUUACCUGUUUGAAAGAGAUCAUAAGUUUCCCACAAACAGUGAGAACUUACCAGUGAUUAUUCUCUAUGCAGAAAUUGGUACAAGAGCAUUUGCUGAAUUUCAUAGAGUAUUGUCUAAGAAAUCAAAAAAUGGUAAAAUCCUGUAUGUUCUCCGCCACUAUAUUAAGAAACCAAGCUCAAGAAAAAUGUACUUAUCUGGCUAUGGUGUGGAGCUAGCAAUUAAAGAUACAGAAUACAAAGCAUUGGAUGAUAUCCAAAUUAAAACUAUGACCGAUACUGCUGUAGAAAAUGAGGCUGAAGCAGAUGAAGUUCAAGGAUUUCUUUUUGGGAAACUGAAAGAAAUAUAUUCAGAUCUUAAGGAUAAUCUGACAAUAUUCCAAAGGUACCUGAUUGAGAGCAGCAAAGAAAUGACUCCUCUGAAGGUCUGGGAGUUACAAGAUCUUAGUUUUCAAGCAGCCUCUCAAAUAAUUUCCACUCCUGUUUAUGAUGCCAUAAAGUUAAUGAAAGACAUCUCACAGAACUUUCCUGUAAAAGCCAGGUCUCUCACCAGGAUUGCUGUGAACGAGCUAAUGAGAAAAGAAAUACAGGAAAAUCAGAAGGACCUACAAGACAGAUUGGAAAUGAAGCCAGGUGAUGCUCGUCUGUUUAUAAAUGGCCUCCGUGUUGAUGUGGACGUCUAUGAUCCUUUUAGUAUUUUAGAUAUGCUUAAAUCAGAAGGAAAGCUGCUGAGUGGCCUUAAAAGUCUUGGGCUCAGUGAAGAAGAGAUGAGCAGAUUUUUAAAAUUAAAUUCACCUGCGUGGGACCAUGACUUUGUUUUAGAUAUUCGGCAUCCUUCAAUAGCGUGGGUUAAUGACUUAGAAAAUGAUAGUUUGUAUCUUGAUUGGCCUUCAAGUUGCUGGCAGUUUCUAAAGCCAGUAUUACAUGGAACAGUCCCUUCUGUAAGGCGUAAUUUUCAUAAUUUGGUUCUGUUUAUUGAUCCUGCUCAAGAAUAUACCUUGGACUUUAUAAAUUUGGCAGAAUAUUUUUAUUUUAAUGAAAUUCCUCUUCGAAUUGGUUUUGUGUUCAUUCUUAACGUGGAUAAUGAAAUUGAUGGAACAACGGAUGCUGGAGUUGCUCUUUGGCGAGCUUUCAAUUAUAUUGAAGAAAAGUAUGAUGUGUCAGAAGCGUUUAUUUCUAUGACACAUAUGUACCAAAGAAUGAAGCAUCGCAUACUCACUGUGGACGAUGUGAAAAGCAUUCUUCAAACUAAAUUUCCUCAGGCUGACAUUUUGGAUAUCUUGGGGACCCAUUCCAACUAUGAUAGAAGAAGAAUGGGCGGAGCAAGCUUUUAUAAGAUGACUGGCCUAGGUCCUUUGCCUCAAGCUCUUUAUAAUGGUAAACCCUUUGGCCUCAAAGAGCUCAACACUGAGGAGCUAAAAGAAGCUGUUCUGCAAAAAAUGAUGGACACGUUUGUGUAUCUACAAAGAGAUGUUUUUAUGGGCACGAUAAGGGAUGAAACCAGUGCCAUUGACUACCUGAUGGAUAAGAGUAAUGUUGUAUCUCGCAUAAAUUCUUUGAUUUUGCACACCAAACCACGGUACCUUAACUUACUGUCUUCAUCAGUAACUGCUGAUAUUGAAGAUUUCUCUACUUUCUCUUUCUUGGAUUCACAAGAUAAGAGUGCAGUCAUUGCAAAGCACAUGCAUUACUUAACUCAAGAAGAUGAUGUAAUAUCUUCAGUCACUCUGUGGAUUAUUGCUGAUUUUGAUGUGCCAUCUGGGAGAAAACUGCUUUUGAAUGCAUUAGAGCACAUGGAAACAAGUUUCCAUAGUCGGUUAGGGAUUGUUUACAACCCCACAAAGAAGAUAAAUGAAGAGAACACAGCCAUUUCUAGAGGAAUUUUGGCAGCUUUUCUUACACAUAAAAACAAACUCUUGAGAAGCUUUCUCAGGAAACUGGCAAAAGAAGAAACUGCUGAAGCAAUUUAUUCUGGAGAUAAAAUUAAAACAUUCCUUCCUAAGGAGAUGGAUAAGAAUGGUUUUGAGAAAAAAUAUAAUACCAUUGGAGUAAAUAUUUUCCGAACUCACCAGUUAUUCUGUCAAGAUGUUCUAAAAUUGCGACCUGGCGAGCCUGGGAUAAUCAGCAAUGGGAAAUUCCUAGGACCUUUAAAUGAAGAGUUCUACAAAGAAGAUUUUCACUUGCUUGAAAAGAUAACAUUUAGUAAUUCAGUAGAGAAAAUUGCAGGCAUUGUUAAAAAUAUGGAAAUGAACUCAAAAGACAUGAGUGACCUUGUGAUGAAAAUAGAUGCGCUUAUCUCUUCAUUGUCUGUGCGUGCAUCUCGGUAUGACGUCACAUUACUCAAAGAAAAUCUCAGCCAUUGGACAACCAGUUUCUACAGGCGCUGCAGUACGGUGCUUGGGAAGAUUGUAAACGCCAGGAUCAAGCUGUUCCUGAACUGCAGGGGUAAACUUUCAGAAGCCCCGCUGGACAGCUUUUACCGUUUUGUUAUGGAACCAGAGCUGACAUCAGGGGCUAACGAUAAUCCUUCUCAUGGACCAGUGGCAAAGUUCCUGGACAUCCCAGAAUCACACCUUCUGACUCUCAACAUGAUUACCCCAGAAGGAUGGCUAGUUGAAACAGUACGCAGCAACUGUGACCUUGAUAAUAUUAACUUAAAAAAUAGCAAGAGAAGUGUUACAGCAGAGUAUGAACUAGAGUAUCUGCUAAUUGAAGGACAUUGUUUCGACGUGACCACAGAACAGCCUCCGCGGGGUCUGCAGUUCACACUGGGCACAAGAAGCAGCCCUGUUGUAGUUGACACAAUAGUGAUGGCCAAUCUUGGAUAUUUUCAAUUAAAAGCAAACCCAGGUGCAUGGAUACUAAAAUUACAUGAAGGAAAAUCAGAAGAUAUUUAUGAAAUAAUUGGGCAUGAAGGAGCAGACUCUAAGACCGAUGUAGGCAGUGUCAUUGUUGUGUUAAACACUUUCAAGAGCAAGAAUCUGAAAAUACAGGUAAAGAAAAAAUCAGGUAAAAUUAAAGAAGAUGUUCUUGCUGAUAAACAUGAAAAUAAAGGUGUGUGGGAUUCAAUUAAAAGCUUCACAAAAAGUCUGCAUAAAGAUGACACAAAGGAAACUGACAUCCUAAACAUUUUUUCAGUGGCUUCUGGCCACCUAUAUGAGCGCUUUCUAAGGAUUAUGAUGCUUUCUGUUCUGCGGAACACCAAAACACCAGUGAAGUUCUGGUUUCUGAAGAAUUACCUCUCGCCAACAUUUAAAGAGGUAAUUCCUCACAUGGCUAAGGAAUAUGGAUUCCAGUAUGAGCUUGUCCAGUACAAGUGGCCCCACUGGCUUCAUCAACAGACUGAAAAACAACGAAUCAUUUGGGGUUACAAAAUCCUUUUCCUUGAUGUCCUUUUCCCACUCGCUGUGGACAAAGUCAUAUUUGUUGAUGCUGACCAGAUCGUGAGACAUGACCUAAAAGAACUUCGAGACUUUGAUCUGGGUGGAGCCCCUUAUGGAUAUACUCCAUUUUGUGACAGCCGCACUGAAAUGGAUGGAUAUCGUUUCUGGAAAACAGGAUACUGGGCAUCACACCUUGUAAAAAGGAAAUACCAUAUCAGUGCCUUGUAUGUGGUGGAUCUUAAGAAGUUCAGGAGGAUUUCAGCAGGUGAUAGGCUCCGGGACCAGUACCAAGCUCUUAGCCAAGAUCCAAACAGUCUUUCAAACCUCGAUCAGGAUCUUCCCAACAAUAUGAUUUACCAAGUUGCCAUCAAGUCUCUUCCUCAAGACUGGCUGUGGUGUGAAACCUGGUGUGAUGAUGAAUCUAAACAAAGAGCCAAGACAAUCGAUCUGUGCAAUAAUCCCAAAACAAAAGAACCCAAACUAGAAGCCGCUGUGCGGAUUGUCCCAGAAUGGGUCAAGUAUGAUACAGAGAUCCGGGCACUGCUAGAUCAUCUCGAAAAGACAAAGAAAAGUGGAAUUUCAGUUCAUGAUGAACUCUAGCACGUGUUUCCAGAAGAUGAACUAUGAUGAACGUCUGCCACCUGCUGGAAUUCUGUGGAACUGCUAAGACUAGCAGGCCAUUUCAUUCAAAUUACUGACAUAAGGUUGACUGUUUAUACGCUUUAUUUAAAACAUGUGUAAAGUUUUAAAAUAAACCUAAUUUAUGUGA